CUCGUGGUGGGCGCCCUCGCGGCUGUGGCCUCCGCCGUCCCCCGUCCCGACUCUCCUUCCGUCUACGGCGCUCCUCGCCCGACCUACAAGCAACCAGGAAUGCCCUUCGAGUUCGCCUACGCCGUCAAGGACCCCUACUCGGGCAACGACUACGCCCACGCCCAGACCAGCGACGGUCACGUCACCUCCGGAUCGUACAGGGUGGCUCUCCCCGACGGCCGAACCGAGAUCGUGGAAUUCACCGCCGAUCACGACAACGGCUACGUCGCCAACGUCGCCUACGAGGGGGAGGCCUCCUACCCCGCCCCUGCCCCCUCCUACCGCCCUGCUCCCUCCUACCACGCCCCCGCUCCCUCCUACCCAUCUCCCCCACCCCACCCACAUCAAUCUUACAUGUCAUCCAGUUCACUCAGCUCCUCUGCGACCAACACCAACAUGUCUGCAAAACUGAUCCUCGUGGUGGGCGCCCUCGCGGCUGUGGCCUCCGCCGUCCCCCGUCCCGACUCUCCUCCCGUCUACGGCGCUCCUCGCCCGACCUACAAGCAGCCAGGAAUGCCCUUCGAGUUCGCCUACGCCGUCAAGGACCCCUACUCGGGCAACGACUACGCCCACGCCCAGACCAGCGACGGUCACGUCACCUCCGGAUCGUACAGCGUGGCUCUUCCCGACGGCCGAACCGAGAUCGUGGAAUUCACCGCCGAUCACGACAACGGCUACGUCGCCAACGUCGCCUACGAGGGGGAGGCCUCCCACCCCGUCCCUGCCCCCUCCUACCACCCCGCUCCCUCCUACCACGCCCCUGCCCCUUCCUACCCUCCUCCCCCACCCCACCCACAUUAAUAAAACCCGUCCAUCUCAGAUGCACCGAAGUGGCUCCUCCCUGAGCAUCAAAAGAGGCCAAAGGAGAGAACGUUCUAAAACCCAAGUAACACCAUCAAAAGGCACAUAAAAGCCACAAGGCAAACCAAAGUGCCCGUCACCCUCCAUCAUUCCACUCUCCAACUCUAAUUCCUUCCUCUAUUUCCCCACAUUCCAACAUUCAUUUUGACCACGCUUUUAAUACCUGUAUUCGCAGAUCCGCCGAUAUCAGUCAGAGGUGACUCGGUCCUCCUCCUCUCUAGACAAACUGACAAUGUGUAGAAUCUAUACUGCAGAUUAAAGUUAGUCUAACACUGGGGAGGAUCCAACGCUAGGUCGAGUGGGAUCUUAGGCUACAUUAUCGUAAUCAAUCGUAUAUGACAACACACUCCCAUACACUGUUAACUGUUGCCCAUGAACGUCCAAAAAGCACCCCCGUUUCACCUUUUAAAUUUGUUUUCAUAAAUAAAAUGAAAUUGCGAA